GUGUCGCGAUUCGCCGCUGAUACGAGUCGCAGCGGGGCGGUAAGCUGGACCGAAAUGGACGCAAUUGGAUGAGGGAAGAGGCCCGUGGACACGGCGAUGGCGUAGUCGUCCACGAAGCGGUCGAAGUCCACCGUGACCGUCACCGUCGCCGUCGCGUUCGGCCGCGUGUCUGCGUGAGAAUGGCGGGUCGCGACCCGGACAACCUGAUGAUGAGCGACGACGAGAGCUUCGACUACCUGUUCAAGAUCGUGCUGAUCGGCGACUGCGGCACGGGCAAAACCUGCGUGGUGCAGCGCUUCAGGUCCGGCACGUUCGUCGAGCGCCACGGCAACACCAUCGGCGUCGACUUCACCAUGAAGACCGUGCUCAUAGACGGCAAGCGGGUCAAGCUCCAAAUAUGGGAUACUGCAGGGCAGGAAAGAUUUCGAACAAUAACUCAGAGUUACUAUAGAUCUGCAAAUGGGGUAAUUGUAGUUUACGAUAUCACGAAGCGUUCGACAUUCCUGAGCUUACAACGUUGGGUGGAGGAAGUCCGGAGGUACUCAUCGUCACAUGUGUUACUGGUAUUAGUUGGUAAUAAAUGUGACUUGGAAGAUUUGCGCGAGGUAAAGGAAGUAGAGGCUGAAGCUUUAUGCCAAUACCUGCCUGAAGUUUUGCACGUAGUGGAGACCUCAGCCAAAGAUAACACAAACAUAGAUUCCGUCUUUUUCUAUUUGGCGUCGGAACUUAAGAGACGACAUGAUAAUCGCCAGAUUAGCGCGAGCGAGGAUGAAGUGGUGAAGCUCGGCGUCGGUCGAGAUUUAUCUUCUUGUUCGGGCUGCUCGUUUAAGAUAUCGUAAAUCGUUUGAUAUUUUUUUCUUCGGUACGCUAUUUUCGGAUAACCGAAAUUUUCUGAGUGUCCAGCGAUAAGAUAAAAGGCAGUCAACGAACGUGGUAUCGCGUGUAAUUUCUUCUGUAUCCUAAGUCCACCCUUUUGAAGAUUUUAUUGUUCUUAAGGUGGUAAUCGAAGAGUUAGAAAUUGAUACGCGAUGCAAAGGAUUUAUUUAAAGCAUGGUAGUGUAUUAACUUUUUACAAAAAUCUCACUGCCUUUUAAUCUUAGUGUAGUGCGGUACAAAUUGAUAUCUUCAAAAUGCGCGAACAAUAUGUGCCGACGGCGUGAUUCUGCAAUAUCAGUACAGUAGGAAGGUAUUUAGGUGCCAAAUUCAAGAUAUUAUUUUUCCAUCCGUACAGAAUGGAACGGCAUCCGUUAUUCGAAUUUCGAGAAAUAUGAAUCUCAUGAUAAAAGAUCUAAUCGUUAAGAUAGGGUGGCUCAUUUCUGUUCCAAAAGUUCACUGUUUUAGGAAGAGGAACAUUUGUAUAUUUUUAUACACGAUUUAAUAAAAACGCACAUAUGUGUACGUAUAUAUACACACACACAUAUACACUUAUGCAUGCGUACAUACACGCAUUGACACUCCACGAAACUGCAGCGACCUGAAGAGAGUAUUCUAGUGCCUUAAAAUGUCACACGUUUUCAACUCAAACGCAUGGACAUCCGCGUAAUCAAGUAGUUUACAAAGGAUUCGAAUUGUGAGUGGUAACUUAAUGUUUUUUUUAAUUUAUUUUAUUUAUUUGUACGAAUGUUGUUACGGCGAAUGUGAAGUGUUUGGCCUCGCCAAGCACCCACCUAGAAGCUGUAAAUACUAAUCCACAAUCAUGUUCUUAAUGUGCAUUGUCCACUAAAAGCGAGUGUCUGAUUCUUAGUCUUUGUUAAAUUUUAAGAACACAAUUCAGACAACUGCAUUUAGUGUUAAAAGUACAAUGGGAAUGAGUAGAUUUGUAGAGCGCGUUUCAUUUAAGCAAACGCAUGUUAUUUAUGAACAAAUAGAUAUAACGAAUCUCUAUUACUCGUUAUAUAUAAAUUGUAAUAUAUUUUUUUAUACUUAUGUUGCAUGUAAGCGUGUAUUGUUCUCCAAAUAUUCGAGUGCGAAUUAUAUUUUUGAUAAAAGCAUCGAUACGUAAACACCUUGUGCAUACAGUUAAAAUGUGUUCAUCGCGAAUCAAGAUCUUGACAAAUUUACAAACGCAUCUCGGUGCACUUUUCGAAAACAUAUAUUUCCGAGUGAAAAGUAUUAAAAAAUAGAUAUUGGCUGCCAUUGCCAGUUUCGUUAUUAAUGAAUAAAUCUAAUUAUAUACGACCUAUCUGAACUGUACAAAAAAAGGAUGUUGUGUGAAACAUGAAUUUACAUGGCACUUUGAAUACUGCAACGUGCCGAAUAUACAAGGUAAUACUGUCUCAUAAAAUUGAUCAAAUGUUUCGAAAUUAAGGCCGGUAUUUAUUGCCAGAUCUUAUAUUCAAGACUGUCUUGAAUUUAUCUAAAGAUGCUGCAUGGAACAUUUUAUUGGCUAUGGAGUGUCUAAAGAUGAUUUUAAGACGGUCCUGCAUAUAAGAUCUGGCUAUGAAUGCCGGUCUAAUUAUUUAGAAGCUUAUUGUUAAUACAUUUUUUAUCUACAUAUACGUAUACAUGUACAAAUAUUAACAAAAAUUGCUGUUUUAUUAACUUCAUGUUCUUCUCGUAAUGAAAAAACUUGUAAGAUUUUUUAAAAAUUUGAUUGAUUUUGCAAGUAACUGUACCAUACAAAUUAAAAAUACUUGUGUACUAUAUAGGGUGUUAAAAAAGGUUCAGGACUUAAGAGAGCAUAUAGUACUCGUGUAAAUAGAUCGAGAAAUUAAUAAUUUCGAAAUUAUAAACAGCCGGGAGUUUUGAAAUGGUUUGCAAUUCUGUAGUACGAAAGAUGUGUGUAAAUGAGAGGUGGACAUGUAGAAAAUCUUUUAUAAACAAGUUAAAAAAUCUAGUUUUCUUUUAAAUAAAAAAAAGAAAAGAAUUCUUUUCUUCUUCUUCUGGAAUUUACUUUAACUAAAAUAAGGAAUUGUUUAUAAUACCGAAAAGAUGAAUUUUUCAAUUUAUGUUUAUUGGAAUUUUCUUGCUCCAUUUCACGAGUACCAUCUGCCCUCUUAAAGUCCCUUUUUAAAUCCUAUAUGUAUAUGUAUGUAUACAUAUACAUGUAGAUAGUUGAAAAACAUCUUUCAACUAAAAUACGUGGUACGUAGCGUGAUGAUUUUGUUAGUUAAUGACGAGCUCAUGUAUCGAGUUUCAAUAUAUUUGAUUGUUGAGAUACCAAACGAUAAUAAAAAUUACUUAUUACAUAUCUCAAGCACGCACAUAGAAAACUGUUUCGGCUUUGCGUCAGUAUAAAUUAAGGUGAUUUAUAUUGAAAUAAUCUAAUGAACACGUUAAAAAAUUUAUUACAGGAACUGCAAAAAGACUAUAAUCGCCUUUUCAUAGAUGAAUUUUUGUGACUAGAGUCGAUUUGUUUAUAUAAAUAUUCAUUCAUACGUAAGUACUAUUACGCGGCUACGCAGUAUUGUAUAAUUAUUCAAACAAUUGUUUAUUUCGUCAUGAACAAAUGUGCUAUACAUGGGUAGCAUAUGUACAAUGCAAAUAACAUUAAAGGUUCACAAAAUGCUGGUUGAUAAUA